GCAGCCGUGGUGGGCGGGGGCGCUGUCGACGAAGCAGCCGCUUGAAGAAGGGAGGUUAGGGAGGACGCGGAGUCUGCACCGGUGGCCGGGCAGCUUGAUCGGCUGGCUGCAGUAGGAGGGGAGGGGAGGAAAGGAAGGGAGGAUUGGUGCUGGUACCGGGCGAGGGCUGCGACCUGCUCCGUCCGAUAACACUGCACCAAUCCGCGCCAGUUUACCGUCGCUCGAUCGUGACAACUCCUUUCCUCCCUCCCCCUCGGGUUAAUCCGUUCAACCCCCAUAUAUCAAAUAGGGCUGCGGCGAGUCCGGCUAGGCUUCACGGUACUGCUGGUAAAUCAUCUGCUUAAAAAAACCGCGACAUGAAGAUCAAGGACGCCAAGAAACCUUCAUUCCCCUGGUUUGGGAUGGAUAUUGGUGGGACACUGGUGAAACUGGUUUAUUUUGAGCCAAUAGAUAUCACGGCUGAGGAGGAGGAAGAGGAGGUAGAAAGCCUAAAAAGUAUUCGAAAGUACUUGGUGUCGAAUGUUGCCUAUGGCUCCACUGGCAUCCGAGAUGUGCAUCUGGAGCUCAAAGACAUGACACUUUGUGGCCGCAAAGGAAACCUGCACUUUAUCCGAUUUCCUACACAUGACCUACCUACCUUCAUUCAGAUGGGGAGAGACAAGAACUUUUCAACACUACACACAGUGCUAUGUGCCACUGGAGGGGGUGCUUAUAAAUUUGAAGAAGAAUUUCGUACGAUUGGUAAUCUGCAAUUGCACAAACUGGAUGAACUGGACUGCCUGGUCAAUGGCCUUUUGCACAUUGACUCUCUCAGUUUUAAUGGCCAGGCAGAAUGUUACUACUUUGAAAAUGCCUCUGAUCCUGAGAAAUGCCAGAAGAUGCCUUUCAACCUUGAUGACCCCUACCCUUUGCUCGUCGUGAACAUUGGUUCAGGAGUCAGCAUAUUAGCUGUGUACUCAAAGGACCAUUACAAAAGAGUAACUGGAACAAGUUUAGGAGGUGGAACCUUCCUGGGCCUCUGCUGUUUGCUUACAGGUUGUGAGACUUUCGAUGAAGCUCUUGAAAUGGCCUCAAAAGGCGACAGCACUAUGGCUGACAAACUAGUACGGGAUAUCUACGGAGGAGACUAUGAACGAUUUGGUUUACCUGGAUGGGCAGUAGCUUCCAGCUUUGGCAACAUGAUUUGCAGGGAGAAGCGUGAUUUAGUUAGCAAAGAAGACCUUGCAAGAGCUACCUUGGUCACCAUCACAAACAACAUAGGAUCCAUAGCUCGUAUGUGUGCACUGAAUGAGAAGAUAAACAGAGUUGUUUUUGUUGGCAACUUCCUGCGAGUCAAUACACUGUCAAUGAAGCUCCUGGCUUAUGCAUUGGACUACUGGUCAAGAGGACAGCUGAAGGCAUUGUUUCUAGAGCAUGAGGGUUACUUUGGAGCAGUCGGUGCUCUGCUUGGACUUCUUAAUUCCACUUAGAACUUGAGUAUUCUACAUCACGGAAAUGGAAGAAAUAUGUACAGCUGCAUAAUGUUUAGGGAAUGGGAAACAAAUGCAUUCAUCCAGGGAUAAAAACCUGUUAAAAAUCUGUGACAAAGAUGAGCCACAUUAAAGGCUGGUUUGUAUUACUGAAGUAUUCUUUCUACUUGAAUUGUGAAAAAUCUUACUGUUUUAAUUGGGUCCAGUGUAUUGGGCAUUUAACCGCAGUUAGUUUCUCGUUACAAUGUUCCAAAAUAUUUCCUUCUAUUGUCACAUCAACUGAAAUUAUUUGGGGUUGUUAAUCUAAUUUUGGAUUACCGUUAGCUCAUUUAUAUAGUCUCCAUGGUACCCUUAAGCCUCUGCAAAUCAAAGCUGCUUUUACAAUUUUGAUAUCUUGGUAUUAGCUGUGGAUUACAGAAAAAUAAGUACUGAUUUGCAGAGGUAUUAUGGAGAAUGUGUAUGUAACAACACCUGGGACUGGUUAUCUACCCAAUGGAGAAUGUUUGGAAGUUGUAAGACUGUUUGCUUUGUAAUAUAGGCGCAUUUUAACAUGCCUUCCUUUAGAAAUAACUUGUGAGAAAAUAUGUGCAAAAAUCUUCAAUGUUGCCAGAUUCAAUAUUGGCAGCUAUGACGAGAGCCCAUUGUCCCGGGAAGGUCCACCUGAUAUCUCUGUACGUAAUCACCUAAAGUGGCUUUUAUUUAUUUUCUAAAGUAGUUGUUAAUUUUAUUUGAAAAUUUUGUAUUUUAUAAGGGAGAGGUGUAAUUAUACCUUUGUGAAAUAAUGAGAAAUAUUUCGAUCUCUAAAAAGCCUUAAGCCUGUAUCAGCUAAAGCUGCACAAGGUAACAUCCUUGCAGAAAUUGAGGACACCUAAUCUUGUAUAUAACCUUUACCGCCUUUAAAAUAGUGCUUUCUGGUGAAGUUAUUGAACGUAUUUCAAUGCUGAGUGUGGUAUAUCUGACCAUGUGGUUCCAUAAACCAUCAGAGCAGAGUCUGAGCAAGUUUUAUGUUCAUCAUCGAAACAAGUUGAUUGGAUUACUCCCUUGAAUGUCCUUGAUGUUAUCUGAUUUAAUAUAUUUAUGAAUUUUGUAGAGGAUGUUAAUUUAAUUUUGUUUUUCAUUGAAGAGUGCAAUAGUCGUAGACUAGUGCCUUCACGUUGAUGUAUGGUAAUUUCUGACUGAGUGACUGACGUACAAUAAUUGCUGGAGACGCUGAUAAUCAUUUGACAAUUAGGAAAGAAUGUGAGCAGUAUUAAUUAAAUGUACCCUGAUUGUGUAUAUUUUGCUAAUUGGCUGCUACUGUUAGUCGAUCACCUGUACAACGAUCACGUGCCAAUUGUUCAUUUAGUCUUCACACCGCACUUAGUUAGAGCAUAUUGCUAUUCUAGUCUCUGGAAAAGAGACCAUUAGUUCAAUAAAAUGGCCACAAACUA